AUGAAGGUCUCAUCGUUGUUGGCAGCCAUAAGUACGGUGUUAGUCCUCUUAACAGGAGUGUUUUUGGGGCUAAAGCUUCACAUUCACUUCACUCGGGUUCCGUGUCUUUCUCACCGAGCCAAAGGCUUGCGAAUUUCGUUCUUAACAAUACAUAUUAUUGCGGCGGCAUUUGCUCUUGUCGCAGCUACUUAUCACAUCUAUGAUGUUAAGGCAUAUAAGGCGAUUACUUUGAAGUCUCUAUUUAACGCCGGUUGGUGGUCGUUCAUCAUGAUGAUCUUGGACGCCUUGACAGGCAUUGGAAUCAUGGUUAUGCCCGUGCUGAUCAGGCGAUGCAGGGGUCGGAUUCGCCCGCCUCUAUACUUUAAGAUCAUGAAAACUCUCCACGCAGGACUGGCACUGGGCAUCGCUCUUGGCAUUUUCUUCUUCCAUAUCAUGGAGCACGAAAUCUACAUAAGAUUGGGAUGA